AUGGCGCAGGUCGCUCUAAUCACCGGAGGCACUAGUGGCAUCGGUCUGGCAGUCGCCCAACACCUCAGCCAAGCCAACUGGCAAGUCCACAUCAUAGGCACCAACCAAGAACGAGGCGAAGCAGCCGCAGCUUCCCUCUCGAACACGAAGUUCCACAAAGCCGAUGUGCGGAACUACGACGAGCUAGCCUCUGUAUUCGACCGAGUCUUCAAUGCGCAUAGUCGGUUAGAUUUCGUUUUCGCAAAUGCCGGAAAAGCAGAGUACACCGACUUCUUCGCUGAUCAGCCUGAGACCGGGAUUCCACCCUCGCCGGGCUCCGAAAUUGUCGAUAUCAACUUGAACGGAGCUGUGUACACCAGUUAUCUUGCGAUGCACUAUUUCCGACGAUCGCCAGAGUCAACAAAAGGACAUCGGAACUUGAUACUGACAUCCAGUAUCGGUGGAUUGUAUCCCUGCAUGCUGGCCCCGGUGUACAGUGGGACCAAACAUGCGAUGAUCGGAUUCACUCGUUCUAUCGGUGAUCGGCUCUGGGCUGAAGGAAUCCGGGUGAACGCGUUGUGUCCUGGAGUAGUGGAAACGCCGCUAUUUGUUGAGGCGCUCUAUGAGAUUUUCCCACGAAAGACAAUGAUUUCUAUGGAUGUUGUAACGAAGGUGGUAUCACAGGUGCUUUCGGGGACUGAUAUGUUGGAUGCUAGGGGGAUGCGUGUGGCUGGUGAUGAGAUGCAUUCCCGGGCUUUGCAUGUUUCGGAAAAGACCUUCUUUUUUGUCGAAAAGCCUGAGAUCCAUAACGAGCAGACGCAGAUAACGUGGGAUGCUAUGAUGGGACAUUGA